CGAGCGAGCGGCGUAUUUUUCUACCGUCGCUUGUUUACGUUUACGCUGCACUCGUGCACCUUGAUCUUUCCCGCAGAUGCUUGCAUUUUUGGACAGGUCAACUGUCUGACCAUCUGACCCGUUUGGUUUUGUGUGGUUCAGUUUCGUCUAGUGACCAAGCCUCAGAGAAUAACAUAACCUGUCAAAAUGCCGAAAACUCAGAAGAAAGCACUCACAGUUGAUAGUAUUACUCAUCCAAAGAGUAGAAAGGCUAUUAAAUUGUUCAAAAACCAUAAAAAGAAAGAGUCACGACAGAAAACCAAAAUGGUGACCCAUGUGAAAAACAACCUUAUCGGAGAGAAGCUGUUGUGGUUUCAAGAAAGGAUUCCUGACGAUAUGACUAUUUGUUCUAAGGCUUUUGUUGAUGAACUUAUUCAGACAUAUCUUGCUAGGUUUGAUGAUGAGCUCGAACAAAUUCGAUUGAAGCAUUCGAUUGGACAGCGCAACAAACGGCAGCAUGCUAGUCGAGAAGAUAUGAUACGUCACACGCAAGAAACCGAGAGACUGGAAUACAACACAUGUGGUUUGGAGCUUCCUAAUCUUUUGGACGAAGCCCAACUAAAAGUAUUGAAGGAAUGGAACGGUGAGCUGCGCUUUCUUCAGAACUUCAAGCUAGUAAGACUGGGCAAGAAACAACUUCAGAGUGAAUCAUCAGACAUCAGCAUGGACUAUUCAACCAAAAUUGCUGAGAAAAGCAAAGAAACAAUUACUGAAUCAAAUCAAAAUUCCCCUGUACCAAGUGAAUCCAGUGAUGAUGAAAGCAUGAUGGAAUAAAUCGUAAGUUAAUCAAAAAUGA